AUGUGGUGUUGUUGUAGACUGAUUCGUUCUAGCUUCGCAUUUAAUGGAACCACGCCGCAACACAAUGAAAGAAAGAAACAUUGGGCUACUUUUAUGGAGAUAAGUAAGACAGUUGACGAUGAAAAAAUGAUGCAAAAAUCUAUCAACAUCAAAGACAUUUUGACUUUUACAACCUUAGUGGAAUCUCGAGAAGUUGACAAGAGUAUUUAA